AUGCUGGCGGUGCGACUUGCGCUGACGGCGGUGGCGAUGGGCAUCCUGAUAUGGUCCCUGGUGGACGGAGGGUCGCCCUAUUGGCUCAUCUACCUCACCAACUGGGGCCUGCUUCUCAUCACACUGAUGUCGCUUAGUGGGCUUCUAGUGUCGGUCGUAGCAGUCCAUACAAAACCGGACUCGGAUGUCGGCGAAGUACCAUGGUAUAUUGGUAUCUACUGGUUCAUAUACAACAUCACAGUGUGCUUGGCACUCAUGAUCAGCGCUCUCUACUGGAUUCUACUUUACGAUCCUGAAAAACAGGAGACUAGGCGAAUGUUCUGGUUGGACGUGGCGACGCACGGUUUCAAUUCUUGCGUGGCGGUGGCAGAGCUGCUGUUGUCCCGCACCCCGCUGCGCUUCCUGCACUUUUACCAACCGUUCAGCGUAGCGGUCUGGUAUGCUGCCUUCACCGCCAUAUACUACGUAGCCGGUGGCACUGAUGCCAAGGGAGAGCCAUAUAUCUAUACGGUGCUGGACUGGCGGAACGGUGGACAAUCUACCGCCAUAGUGUUCAUCUCGUUGGGAGGACUGCUGACCAUCUACUGCACUCUGUGCGCGGUGGCCCUCGCGCGUGACAAGAUCUCAGAGUCUGUCGUGCGCAUGAUCAGUCAUGACCUGCCGCCCACUCCACCGGACUUCCUGGAUUCUAGGCUGGUCUAA